UGCAGAACACCAAACAAAAACAAAAACCUCUGAAUUGAACAAGGACCCUACUCCAGCGCUUCACUCGUUUAUAACCAGUUAAUUGCCUCAAGGCUUGGGCAUCCAAAAUCCCACAUCCCUAGCCUAGCUAGCACGUCCCAAGAAGAGCUCAAAAGCUCCAAGAAACUGUGAGCCAAGGUUUGUCAAUGGCUGGGGGAGGCGGAGAAAGAGAGAAGGUGAAGUUGUUGGGUGUGUGGGACAGCCCGUUCGUGAACAGGGUGCAGAUCGUGCUGAACCUGAAGGGCAUCUGCUACGAGUACGUGGAGGAGGACCUCCACAACAAGGGCGAGCUCCUCCUCGCCUCCAACCCCGUCCACAAGAAGGUACCCGUCCUCCUCCACGACGGCAAGGCCAUCCCGGAGUCGCAGGUCAUCGUGCAGUACAUCGACGAGGCCUGGUCCGGCACCGGCCCGAGCGUCCUCCCGGCCGACCCGCUCCAGCGCGCCACCGCCCGGUUCUGGGCCGCCUUCGUCGACGACAAGAUUGGGUCCCCGUGGUUCACUAUCCUGUUCGCGCGCAAGACUGAGGAGAAGAUGGAGGCGGCGGCUCGGGCCAUCUCGGCUAUGGAGACGCUGGAAGGCGCGUUCAAGGACUGCUCGGUUGCCGUGGGGAAGCCCUUCUUCGGCGGCGACGGCAUCGGGUUCGUCGAUGUUGUGCUCGGCAGCUACCUAGGGUGGUUCCUGGUGAUCGAGACCAUGAUCGGCGUCAAGCUCAUGGACGCGGCGAGGACGCCGGAGCUGGCCGCGUGGGCCGAGCGGUUCAAGAUGGCGGAUGCCGUCAAGGGUGUCCUGCCUGAAGAUGUUGAGAAGGUGCUCGCGUUUCUGCAGACGUUCCUUGAUUAGGAGCGCUCGGAGCAGUUUGGACAUUCGCUUGUUUCCUUUCGUGUGGGGCUGUAAUCGGCCAUGACAAAACAAGAUUAAUAAGAGAUUUCUGCUAAAGAAGAUUAUGCA